AUGAAGAAAUAUUCCUGAUUUGAGUCCAAGUGAGUCAAUGUUAACUUUUCCUUCUAACUUAGUGUGGAAGUAAUUCAAAAUCGGCCUCAAAUUAGGAGUUUUGGUCUACAAAUUUAUUGUCAUCCUCUCACAAAUCCGCACCUGAAUCGAUAUUUUUGCUCUUAAUUAAUCUCUUUUCUUGUGAGUUCCGAUUUGUAACUGUUUUUAUCUUUGUCGAUUUCGGUACUCUGACUAACAUGGGCGACAGCCAGAAUUCUAGUGAGAAAAAUACGUUCCUUAAGGAUUACAGCGCCGAAGAACUUCGAAUUGCUUCCGAGUUCUUGUCCAAUUGGCUGCCGUUUCUCUCCCGUGGAUUCUGUAAUAGCUGUGCUGAAAUACUUUCUGAUCGUGUCCGAUCCCUCAACCCAGAAACUGAUGGUGAAGUAGAACCUGGUAAAAAAGAAGGGAAGUUUGCAGUUUCGUCUAUCAUGGAUCUGACUAGAAGUAAAGAGGAUUGUGAUUGUUCAGUUAAGAGUUGGAAAGAUAGUGUGAAUCAUAAUGAUAACACAGAUAAAAAUUCAUUGGGAAGCUGGAAAGAUGAGGCAGAUAGGUUGUCAGAGCCAGCUGCUGAUGCCUCGUCAAAUAGUGAAUCAUCGAACUUGUUAGCACCUCUUGCAAGCUCAAAAGUGAAAAUGUCCUGGGCUGAUAUGGCUCAAGAGGAUGAGUUGGACACAGGGGAAGAGAACGGGAGUAGUACGUUUGUUAGUGUGCAAGAGGGAAUGACACUGGAGGAAGCUAAGACAAAUCCGGGGUUAUCAAGGGAGCAAAGAGAGCACAUUCGUUUCCGCUACGUGAGGAGGAAGAAGAAUUUUAUAUGUUUUGAAAGAAUUAAUGGGAAAUUCGUGAACAUUCUAGAUGGCCUGGAGUUACAUACACGUGUCUUCAGUUCUGCAGAACAAAGCAGGAUUGUUAAGUAUGUUGAGGAGCUUCAAGAGAUGGGGAGGAACGGGAAGCUGAAAGAGCACACCUACUCUGCAUCACAGAAGUGGAUGGGGGGAAAUGGAUGCAUCACUCUUCAAUUUGGUUGCUGUUACAAUAAUGCAGUAGAUAAAAAUGGCAAUACACCCGGCAUCCUCAAGAAUGAAAUGGUUGAUCCUUUACCUCAACUUUUUAAGGUUAUGAUCAAAAGGCUCAUUUUGUGGCAUGUUCUACCUCCAUCUUGUGUUCCUGAUAGCUGUAUCGUCAACAUUUAUGAAGAGGGAGAUUGUAUACUGCCUCACAUUGAGAACCAUGAUUUCGUUCGACCUUUUUGUACCAUCUCAUUCCUUAGUGAGUGUGAUAUACUUUUCGGAUCAAACUUGAAAACAGAGGGUCCUGGGGACUGCGCUGGUGGUUUUGCAAUUUUUCUGCCAGUCGGAUCUGUUCUUGUCUUAAAUGGAAAUGGAGCUGACGUGGCUAAGCACUGUGUUCCGGCUGUUCCGACAAGAAGGAUAUUGAUUACCUUUAGGAAAAUGGACGAAUCUAAACAGCCCAUCGGAUAUGUCCCUGAAUCUGAUCUACAAGGGCUUCAGCCAUUGCCUUACGAAGCCGACACAUCAAAGAAUCACAAUACUUCAAAACAGAAGCAUUUUUCGAAAAACCAAGCAGCUGGAAGAGAGGAGAAGAUGGGCAGAGGAAGGUACUCGAAUGCCCAUUAUUCAGGUCAAAGCAGACAAGGUCCUGUGAACAGGCCAAUGGAAAUGGUUAAUUUGGAAAAGUGAAUUUGAGUAUGCUAAGGGAAAUUGUAGACUGAUAUAUAUUCUUUUAUGAUUUAAGGCCUUCAAUUCUUUUAGGACUAUGAUAUUUUUAUACCUGUACCAUUUUGGGUAUAAUGGCCGUAAUGUAGAGUUAUAUUUCUAUAUGGAAACAGUAAGUGGAUGGGUUUUAUGCUUUGUAUAUUGUGCUUGAGUUUGAGUCUGGAUUGAAUUUUGUUUCUGGUUGUAGAUUGAAUUCGUUUUGGUUUGUGAUUUGAGUUUAACUUCAAUUUUGCUUCUUUGAAGUACUGCUCAUCUGUAAGUGCGCUUGAUUCCAAGAUUGUGCUACAUUUGUUUGCGUGAUUUGAUCAUGCA